AUGACAGAUUUCGAAAUGGCUUCUAGAAAAUCAUACAGUAAGUGUUUUCCAACUACUAAACAACGGGGCUGCUACUUUCAUCUAAUGAAAGCUAUUUGGAAAAAAAUACAAACAAUUCCAGAAAUGCAAAAGUUGUACAAGGAAAUAAUAAUUUUCUCUUCGAAAAUUCGUUAUUUUGCUUCUCUGUCUUUUAUACCACCAUCAGAUGUUUGUGAUGCUUAUGAAAAAAUAUUAAAAUUAGAUUUUUUUGUUAAAAAUAAUCAAAUUAUUUUUCCUUUCCUAACAUACUUUGAGGAGACUUGGAUUGGUACUAAAAAACGAGGGCGAAGAUAUCUCGGCGAGAGUGUAGAGGAAGCAUAA